AUUGUCUUGGUAGAUUUCCAACAUCUGUAAGCCACCCCUUCAUCUCUUCUGCACCUUUUCUCAGUCUCACUUGUGUUUGUGUUUGUGUUUGUCUCUCUCUCUCUCUCUCUCUCUCACACACACACACACACACACAGUUCGUCUCUCUUAUGGUGUCACAACUUUCCUUCUCUCUCGUUUGCCUCUCUCUCUCUCUCUCUCGAUCCAUCUCUCUUUGAAACCCUGACCAUCAAAGAAAAAACGUGUUCACUCUCUCUCUCUCUUAAAUCUAGGCAAGACUUUAACACGACCUUUUGGUAGUGAAAGCCAUGGACAGCAGUAUCUCCCAACCAAAUCCAACCACAAACAACGAUGACUACCACGUUGGAGAUACUUCGCUCGCUAACAUUAUUGGUCGAGAUCUUAUUUACAUGAAAGAGGUCAUGGUAAAGGUUCAGAAGUAUGUAGAUCGUAUGAAUGUCCAAAUCAUCCAGGCCAGUCAGAAAUUUGAGCAGCUCAAAACAAGAGGAGGAGAAGAACUUAGCGAACUGAAAGUGGCAGUCAAGAAAUUGAAAUCCCAAAUUCCACCAAACCUGAUUAUGAAAACCCAUUACGAUGAUGAUUCCAAACCACGUCGGAAUCCAUGGUUUGAUGGAUCCAUUAACCCUAGCAGCAACAACUACCAAGUCGAUGUAAGCAAGGCCGGCCAUUGGCACAGCUUGUACAAGGAGCCAAAGUUCCAUCAUAUCAAGGUAUCUUUCGAUGCCCUCCCAUACAAACUACAAAAUUGUUUGAAAUGUUUCUUGAUGUUACCAGAAAUGGUUACUAUAAAGAAAAGGUUUAUGAUUUACUGGUGGAUUGGGGAGGGACUUGUAUCCCCAACAUUCUCAACCUCAACGGACAAAGAAAUUGCGUUGGUGAAGACGGCAGAGGAAUUUAGCAAUGAGUUCUUGGAUGAGUUUACUGCAAAGCGCUUUAUCGAGCCUAUCUACAAAAAUUGUGGCUUGGCCGUGGAUAGCUACAGAAUGCACCCUUCCAUUCAUUCUGCUUUAAACCAGUUUUGCUUUAAAGUAGUGUGUACCAUGGUUACGAAAAAUCGAGUUUAUACUCCAUUUGCUUUGCAUGAAUGCUUCCUUAAUGUUGGUGAGGCUAUUAUUGAUGACAGGUUUGAAGGGUUUUCCAAGUUCGUCAAUUUUGAAAUUGUUUACUUGGGAAGGUGGCAAAACUCGGCCACGCAUCACAUUGAAGUCCCAGACACCAAAAUUCUCAAUGUCCUCAAGAAUAUGAAACAAUUGAGAUUUCUUAGCCUUCGAGGAAUUUCUUUGAUUACAGAGCUUCCACAGUGCAUUUCACAGCUAUCUAAUCUCAAGAUCCUGGAUCUUAAUGCCUGUCACAAUCUUGAGGUAGUUCCAAAAUGGAUUGGUUUGCUUCGAAGUUUGACACACUUGGACAUAUCUAAGUGUUACUUUUUAGAUCACAUGCCCAAGGAGCUUGGUUCACUAUCAGAGCUCCAAGUUCUUAAGGGAUUUAUCAUUGGAGAUUCCAAGGAAAAAAAUUCAUGUACUAUUGAUGAUUUAACAAAAUUGCGAAACUUGAAAAAACUGAGCAUAUACACACGUAUGAAAGAAUUCCCAACAAGAAUGCAUCUCCGUCAUAUACAAAGAUUAAAUGCCCUGCAAAAGUUAAAAAUAUCCUGGUCGGAAUGUAUUUUAAGAGGUGAAACAGAUGACACAUCUAAGCAAGCACAACUACACAGCAAGCUAACAAAAGCACUGACAAGAUCAUUGACUGAGCAACAUGAUUCGAAACUUCCUUCCUCGUUGCAGAAAUUAGAGCUUGAGUGUUUUCCUAAGAUGGUAACACCCAGUUGGUUGUGGACUGGCAAUCUAACGAACCUGGAAAAACUAUACAUUAGAGGCGGACUAUUAUGUUAUCUAGGCCCAAUAGCAACUACCACAGUUAAGAUGUUGCAAUUGAAGUACUUGAGUGACUUAGAGAUGCGGUGGAUUGACCUUAAAAGAUUAUUUCCCCAUUUGAUUUACUUAUAGAAAGUAGAAUGUCCUGGGCUUACUUGCUUUCCGUGUGAUGAGAAUGGUGUUUGGAGGGGCAGAGGCAAAAUUUAGAAAUUGCAAAUUGAUGUCUUGAGAUAUAGUAGUAAUUUUUUUCUCUCA